AUAUGUGGGUUAUGGCAUGGGCUGGGUAUUUAGAGAACUUACCCCUGGAGUCUCCAGACCUGCAGCCCUACCCUCUCUUCCCUCGUUACUUGACUCCCCCUUGUCUUUGAAUCCAGGCUGGGAUGUGGGCUGUUUUGAGGUGGAGCUGUCUCUUUAAAUCUCUCUUGCAUCCCUGGGUUAAUGUCCUGGUGUGUAAUCCCUCCUGCUGCCAUGGCAACCAGGGGUGCGUUAGGACCUGGUGCCACUCCUCAGGGAAUGGCUGGCUGGCUGGCUGGCUGGCUGGCUGGUGGCAGCAGCAGUGUCUGGAGGUGGCCUCAUAGGUACAGGGUAUCAGAGGAAUGGAGGCACUGGGCUGGGGUGACUGCCAAGUCCUUUGCUCCUGCCCACCUGUGUCCCUGCUGCGAGAAUGCAUCUUCACUUUUCCCUUCCCAGAUGCCUGACUUGCCCACCAGGCAUCAUCCCUAAUCUAAGGGGAGAAGCUAAUGCCUGAUGGGGGAGGGGAGAGGCUGCGGCUGAGGUGUGGGGUCAGAAGGGUUUGAGGCACCCUACCCUGCCCGCAGUAAUAGCGCUCCCUUCCCCUCCUUUUCCUUUCUGUCCCCCCCCCACACACACGCACCUCUUCUGCACCCCCCUCCAUUCCCCCAAGGCUAGCAGGUAGGGGGAGGCAUUUGGGGUUUGGGGUAUCUGCCCCAUGCCACUGCCACUGCCACUGCCCCUGGCAGUGAGAGUGCCCCUGGUACUGAGAGUCAUUCUUGGGGGCUUCCUUUGAUCCUGAGGGGGUCAUCGUAAAGGAGACUGGGUCUGGAGAAGGAACAUACAGUAGAGGUCUGAGGGCCAGAGGAGGAAGUGGCCUGGGUGGAUUGGAGAAGAGACUUCCAGAAAAGGGGGGCGGGAACAAGGUGGGGCCAAAUCCCCACCCCGCCUUAGGUUUCCUGCAGCUGGACUGUGACAGGAGGGGUCUCUGAGCACCGCCUCAGUUGUGAAGGGGCAGCAGUCUGAACCCCCUGCCCCACAAACCUCCUCUCUGCCGCCUCCUCCCCACCCCCGCUGGUGCGAACACGGGUGGGGGGUGAUCGGGCACCAGGAAGACCAGGACUCCCUUUCCCUCCGCCCCACUCGCACCCUACCACCGCCCCCUCCCCACCCGGCUGCUCCAGUCGGGCUUUGGCCAAUCAGCAGGGCGGGCAGGGAGUCUGAGCCUAGCUAUUGGCUGAUCCUGCAGAGGGCGCUCCCCGAGUCCCGCCUCCUCCAGCGCUGCCCUCCUUGGGCAGGGAAGGCAGCUACGGCUGCGUGGAGGCUACUCCAGGAGCCCCGGAGCCGGGGGCGUGGGGGGUAGCCAUGGCGGGCAGUCCGGGCAGCGGGGCCUCCUUGGAGGGUAUAUCCCUGGGCUCUUCUGAGGAAGCCGAUCUCCAGAGGGAAGCCAUGCAGCAAGUCCUGGACAACCUGGGAUCCCUCCCCAAUGCCACGGGGGCUGCGGAGCUGGACCUGAUCUUCCUUCGAGGCAUUAUGGAAAGUCCCAUAGUAAGAUCCCUGGCCAAGGCCCACGAACGGCUGGAGGAGACCAAGCUGGAGGCCGUGCGGGACAACAACCUGGAGCUGGUGCAGGAGAUCCUUCGGGAUCUGGCGCAGCUGGCAGAGCAGAGCAGCACAGCUGCGGAGCUGGCCCGCAUCCUCCAAGAGCCUCACUUCCAGUCCCUCCUGGAGACACACGACUCUGUGGCCUCGAAGACCUAUGAGACUCCCCCGCCCAGCCCUGGCCUGGACCCCACCUUCAGCAACCAGCCGGUGCCUCCCGACGCAGUCCGCAUGGUGGGCAUCCGCAAGACUGCUGGAGAGCAUCUGGGAGUGACGUUCCGUGUGGAGGGCGGCGAGUUGGUGAUCGCGCGCAUUCUGCACGGCGGCAUGGUGGCUCAGCAAGGCCUGCUGCACGUGGGCGACAUCAUCAAGGAGGUGAACGGGCAGCCAGUGGGCAGCGACCCCCGCGCGCUGCAGGAACUCUUGCGCAGUGCCAGCGGCAGCGUCAUCCUCAAGAUCCUGCCCAGCUACCAGGAGCCCCAUCUGCCCCGCCAGGUAUUUGUGAAAUGCCACUUCGACUAUGACCCUGCAAGAGACAGCCUUAUCCCCUGCAAGGAAGCCGGCCUGCGCUUCAGUGCUGGGGACUUACUGCAGAUUGUAAACCAGGACGAUGCUAACUGGUGGCAGGCAUGCCACGUCGAAGGGGGCAGCGCUGGGCUCAUCCCCAGCCAGCUGCUGGAGGAGAAGCGGAAAGCCUUUGUCAAACGGGAUCUGGAGCUGACACCUACCUCAGGGACCCUAUGUGGCAGCCUUUCAGGAAAGAAAAAGAAGCGAAUGAUGUAUUUGACUACGAAGAAUGCAGAGUUUGACCGGCAUGAGCUGCUCAUUUAUGAGGAGGUGGCCCGCAUGCCCCCCUUCCGCCGGAAAACCCUGGUGCUCAUCGGAGCCCAGGGUGUGGGCCGGCGCAGCCUGAAGAACAAACUCAUCAUGUGGGAUCCAGAUCGCUAUGGCACCACCGUGCCCUACACGUCCCGGCGGCCCAAGGACUCCGAACGGGAAGGUCAGGGCUACAGCUUUGUGUCCCGUGGGGAGAUGGAGGCGGACAUCCGCGCUGGGCGCUACCUGGAACAUGGCGAGUACGAGGGCAACCUGUAUGGCACGCGCAUCGACUCCAUCCGGGGCGUGGUCGCCGCCGGCAAAGUGUGUGUGCUGGAUGUCAACCCCCAGGCAGUGAAAGUGCUGAGAACAGCUGAGUUUGUCCCUUAUGUGGUGUUCAUCGAGGCCCCUGACUACGAGACCCUCCGGGCCAUGAACCGGGCUGCAUUGGAGAGUGGGCUGUCCACCAAGCAGCUUACGGAGGCAGACUUGAGGAGGACAGUGGAAGAGAGCAGCCGCAUCCAGAGAGGCUACGGGCACUACUUCGACCUCAGCCUGGUCAACACCAACCUGGAGAGGACCUUUCGUGAGCUCCAGGCUGCCAUGGAGAAGCUGCGGACAGAGCCCCAGUGGGUGCCUGUCAGCUGGGUGUACUGAGCCUGUUCAUGUGGACCUCACCCCUCUGGGUUGCGACCCAUCCCCUUCCCCAGCCAUGACCCCCAGCCAUGAUCCUUAGCUCUCAUCCCUGGUGGUCUGGCUCUCCCUGGGUGAUGGCUCCUAGGGGGCCCUAAUCUGGCUUCAGCACAGAGGCAUGCACUGCCAAGGAGAUGGGGUGUUCAUGGGGUACCUCUGUGCCCAGGUGCUGCCCACUCCCCAUGCCCACUGGCCACCAGAUGUCCCUCUCUGAGGGCCAGGCUGUGCCCAGGAGUGUCAGAGUCACCUCCAUAGUGCUCAGUCCAGAGAAGAGAAAAGCUGCUUUGGGACCCUGUGGUCAGUAGGGCCCCCAGGGCACCUCUCUGCAGUUACCUUUUCUCCUUGGGCUAGCCACGCCCACCCAAUUCCUGGGCUCCUCCCACCUCUCACACCUGUGGCCUAGGAGUGGGCCUUGGGCUGUUUCCAGACCGGGGAGUGCAGGUCCCAGCAGCCAGGCAGUCCUGGGCGGUGGUGGCAGCCUGGUGCCGUCCUGAAGGCUGGAGGAACCCGAGCUUGAACCAGCUCCCACGGCGGGGGGGGGG